GUGCAAGCCAACAUCCCGCAGAACGGCGCGCGCACCAGCAUCCGCGCGAACUUCGGCAGCCUGGGCAACCCCGUGCAGGCGAACCGCGGCAGCAUCGUUACGGGCUCCGGCUCGUGCAAUGUUUUCAGGGAUGCCGGGGCUACGCAGCGCGUGGGCACGUUGACGGCUGGUGGCGGGGAUGUUAGUUUUGGGGGGCUGCAGAAUCUGGAUAAUGGGGUUAUUGUUUGUCAGUGA